CGCACUUACUUCCCGGACUUGAACAUGUUGGGAGCAGCUAAAACAAAUGUUACGUAAAUCACAUGUGUAUUUUAAAGUGUUUUUAAUGUUGAGCUUUUAAGUGGAGACUAAAAUGGGUUUGAUGCGGCACGUCGUGUGCGCCAUGUCCGGCGGAGUUGACAGCUCUGUGGCGGCGCUGAUACUGAAGAGACGAGGUUACAACGUGACGGGAGUUUUCAUGAAGAACUGGGACUCCCUGGAUGAGAGUGGGGUCUGCAGCACACAGGACUGUGAGGACGCCCACAGGGUGUGUCAGAUCCUGGACAUCCCCUUCCAUCAGGUGUCCUAUGUCAAAGAAUACUGGCAUCAUGUUUUCAGCUAUCUGUUGAAGGAGUAUGAGCAGGGAAGGACUCCAAACCCUGACAUUCUGUGCAACAAACACAUCAAAUUCAACCAUUUCCACAAGUAUGCAGUCAACACUUUGGGCGCAGACGCCAUGGCAACGGGACAUUACGCCCGGACGUCCCAGGAGGACGAAGACGUUUUCCAGCAGUCGUACUCACCCCCGCCUGCCGCGCUCUUCAGAGACCGAUUGGAGAUCAGAAACCAUGUGAAGCUCUGCAAAGGAGCCGAUGUGGUCAAAGACCAGACCUUCUUCCUGAGUCAGAUCUCCCAAGAUGCCCUCCGGCAGACCGUCUUCCCGCUCGCCGGACUCACCAAAGAGUUUGUGAAAAAGAUGGCUGCCGAGGCCGGCUUUCACCACGUGCUGAAGAAGAAAGAGAGCAUGGGGAUCUGCUUCAUCGGAAAGAGAAACUUCGAAAGCUUCAUUUUGGAGUACUUCGAGCCGAAACCCGGGAACUUCGUUUCCAUCGAGGACGGGACCGUCUUGGGAACACACAAAGGUUGGUUCACUCUGACGUUGGGUCAGAGGGCGCGGAUAGGCGGGCUGAGGAACGCGUGGUUUGUCGUGGACAAAGAUGUUGUUACCGGAGAUGUGCUUGUGGCUCCGACUACGAACCACCCCGCUCUGUUCUGUGACACGUUUCGAACCGUCCGCUUCCACUGGAUCGCCGUGGACCCGCCUCCCGAGCUGGUCAGGACCCAGAUGUUGGACUGUCACUUCCGCUUCAUCCACCAGAUGCCUCUCAUUCCCUGCACGGUGACGCUGAAUGCGGACGGGUCUUUGUGGGUUUCGCUCGCGCAGUCGGUCAGAGCUCUCACGCCUGGACAGUUCGCGGUGCUCUACAAAGGCGACGAGUGCCUCGGCAGCGGGAAGAUCGUCCAGCUAGGCCCCAGUGAAUACACGCUGCAGAGGGGCGGGGAACGCUUUGUGGCGAACAGUCAGCAACAGCAGCAGCCGACGCCUGAACCUGCCAGCUGA